GGCGGUAUCGCAGUUGAAAACAGAAAGUAGACUGGGUAUUUUAAUCUCUUUUAUAUAUGUCAUUUACUUAUUAACGAAGCAGACUAUGUAAUUUAUGUUCUAAACAAAACGGAACAUUAAUCAAUAUCCGCUAGAAGAUAUGGCACUGCGGGCGUGUGGAUUUGUCAUCUUUCGUUGUUUGGCUCAGCUGCCUCCACCUGAUAACAUAGAGUUCCUGCUGCUGCAGACCUCAUAUGGAGAACACCACUGGACACCACCCAAAGGUCAUGUUGACCCUGGAGAGGACGACCUCACCACUGCCUUGAGAGAAACUCAAGAAGAAGCGGGUUUAGGUAAAGAUCACCUGCGUAUGGUGGAUGGUUUCCUGCAGAGGUUGCAUUAUCAGGUCCGGGGGAAGGACAAAGAGGUCGUGUACUGGCUGGCCGAGCUCCGUGACCCAAACACGCAGGUCAUUCUCUCUGACGAACACCAGGAUUACAGAUGGGCCAAACUAGAGGAAGCCUGCAAGCUGGCACAAUACCAGGACUUACAGGACACACUUGCAGCAGCACAGCGCUAUCUAGAAACACACAGCAAACCAUAAGGUCUACAAACACUGACAGUACUUGCGUUGGUAUUGAUGAUUGUUUUAGGAUGCUGAAUUCGUGACUGUUUAAAAGUGGAGCUGGGGUUUUGUAUGAGUUUGACCGAUUUUUGACAUCCAUCUCUUUGCGUCUGAAAAUUUAUAUUAUAGGUUGCUUCCUGGUAAUUGAAAAUGUCAAGAGAAAGCCUUGCAUCUAACCUUACAACCUUGAACUCUCGACCAACCAACUAAACAAAGCGGUUAUUCAUUUUAAAGAAUGUUCCGGGUUCAGUGCAACGUAAUCUCUAGUAACUCCAUCUGAGGCUUGCUGUUAAUAAUCACAGAAAAACUAAACAAAACACAUUCAGAACAAUAUAAUGGAAGUCUAUUGGCCAUUGUAAAGAUACACCUUUUUCCUGUGGCAAUUACCAGUAUGAUUUAUGAAACUUGUAUUUAACUGGAAAGAGGGUAAGGCUUGAAAAAUGAGAUUCUGCUAUUUUUUAGUCAGUUCUAUACAUGCAUAGCCAAUAAUCCUAUCUAAAUUUCACCUUGUUUUUACAGUUUAUUAACAUAUUGUAACAUUUUGCAGAGUUGCAUUUACAUUUAGUUGAAAAUAAAUCAUGAUUAAUAAGCUAAAUGGUUCAUUUUGUCGUGAACCUUGUGUCAUUUAGAUUGUUCUGCUGUAAUUAAAAUGAAACUAGUAAAUGAAAUACAGCUCCGAAACUGAACCAGUGCUGUUUUAGUAUCGUUUAUGUAUGGUUGGUUUUAAUUAGUAUUUAAGGCUAAGCGCUUUAUCCUUCUGCUCUUGAGUCUAUAGUAGCUCACACAACUGUUAUGAGUUUUGCCACACAGAUAGAGGAUAGUCUGAAUAUUAACCACAGCAGAAUAUAAAGUUUUUAACUCAGUCGUAUCAGCACCACCAUCCAGUCCAAAGUUGCACUUACUGUAAGUCUAUAUGCUUAUAAUAGUUAAACCAGUAGGUCUUUUCAUAUUGUUAUUUGGAAACGUAAACAAUAAAUUAAUAAUAAUAACUAACAUUCUGCCAUUUUUGAAUUUGAAAUUAAAACUGAUAGAAGAAACUGUUUUCAUGACACUGCGUCAAUUUGGUAACAGUGCCACUCAUUGAGUACGUGUACAUGCACAUUCUGAUUUUAAUGCGAUUAAGACAAUGCUCUGAUUAAGAGUCUACCAUGUAAACAGAUUUUUGAUUCAUUUAAACUGAUUAAGGUCAUAACCGAGCUUAAAGGAAAUCUAUGACGUGGAGUAUGUCGAUUUUAGUCACAUUAUUGAAGUGCAGUACAGACAUGACACAGACUACGUUUACAUGGACAUCAGUAAUCAAAUUAUUUGCUUUAAUCUGAAUAAGAUAAUAAUAUGAUUAGGGUGUUUGCAUGAGUUGUUUUUUGAAUGUUCCUUUCAUGAUCCCGUUUACAUGUUGUAGCUCAUAAUUCGAUUAACGUCAUUGGCAUUGCGUCACCACUCUAUCUGCAUUUCCACAGUUGUUUCAGGUGUUUAAUUUUUAAUUUGUGGACGUUAACUGAAGUUUGGCACUUACACUUUUAUUCAGGAACAUUUUAUGCAUCCUGCCGUGACAAACAGUGUAUUGGAUGUGAGUAUAAACUACUGGAAGAGUGUUGUUUAAUGGAAUUUGAUACAAUGCAGGUGGUUGUGGUCCUCUACUGACUUGGUAGGUGCAGAGAAUAGUGUCAAACAGCUGUGUGUGUAUGGAAUAUCCUAUACCAAAAUGCGGCGAAAAUCCUACAUAGCAGUAAUGCCCCAUUCAUGCAGGGCGUCAACGAUUCCCAUUCACUUUGAAUAGGUGACGUCAAGCUUUGCCGAACUGCAUUGUGGAUCCAUCAGCACCACUUCAGUGGUGUUGCUCGCUGCAGAAGUUUGGACUUUAUCAACUUUUCAAGCACCGAUGAAAGCGUCAGCAAAUCAGAUAGCUGUAUGCAAAUGCACCAGCUCAGACAGUAGCCAAUUGCCUACUAAUUUCAUUGGCUGACGCUGCUAUGAUGAUCGUGUCAGCCCCAACUUCAGUCAAGCGUUGGCGCUGAAGCCCUAAGUGAAUCGGGCGUAAUAGUUUAAUUAGGGUGUUUACAUGUCUGUACUGCACUUCAGCAAUGCGACUAAAAUCGGCAUACUCAACAUGUCUUAAUCUGAUUUCUCUUUAGAUGGAUUUUCAUCUUAACUGGAUUAAAUAAAUCAAAAAUCGCUGUUUACAUGGCAGACUCUUAAUCAGAGUAUUGUCUUAAUCGCAUUAAAAUUGCAUUAUUGGUGUCCAUGUAAAUGUACUCACUGACACCUUGAUCAAACUAUUACUGACGUUUAGGGUUUUCGCUGCAUUUUGCAACAGAAUAGUUUAAACACACACGUCUGUUUGACACUAUUCUACGCACCUAUCAAGUCAGUAAAGCACCACAGACACCUGCAUCGCAAAAUGCUGAGGGGUUUUUUCCCAUACAGUGUGCAGGAUCAAAUUCCACGAGUUCAUACUCUCAUUCAAUAUCUCGUUUGUCAUGGGGGGCAUGCAUGAAAUGCUCCUAAAUGAAAGUGAAAGUGCCAAACUUCAGUUAAAGUUGUCAAAUUAUAAAUGAAAGCCGAAACUCCAGUGGAAAUGUGGAUAGCGUGGUGACGCAAUGACGUUAUUAUGUGCGAAUUAUGUGCUAUAACAUGUAAAACGGUAUCAGGACAGGAACAUUCAAAACGCAACUCAUGUAAACACCUUUAUCAUAUUAUCGUCUUAUUUAGAUUAAGGCAAAUAAUUCAAUUGCUUAUGUCUAUGUAAACGUUCACUAGUUAAGCGAUAAACCCUUGAACUGUACUACUAGUGACUGUAUUGAUGACUUUUCAGCCUUUUUGACAAAUCAUAUUUAAUUUUUUAUAUUAUUUUUAGGUUAACUAUUAGUAUCUUUUGUGUUGUUCUUGCAUUUAAUUAAAUAAUUUCAGGUUUCAUA